AUGACCAAACUGGGCACAUUCAGAGCCGUGUACCUAGUCGCUUUAUGCUGCGUGGGCUCGUUCUGCUUUGCUUAUGAUACUGGCAUCAUAGGCGGGAUCCUUACGUUCAAGAGUUUCCAGCAUGACUUUGGUUAUACCGAGGCGCAGCGGGCAUCUGUAGGGUCCAACUCGACGAGCCUCCUACAAGCGGGUGCUUUCUUCUCGUGUUUCUUUAUUUGGCCUUUCACCGCCAAGUAUGGCCGAAGAUGGUCCCUUAUCCUCGCUUCUGUCAUCUUCAACAUCGGUGCGGUUAUUCAAACUAUUAACACACACUCACUCGCCGCUUUUUACGUCGCUCGAAUCAUCAGUGGUGUUGGCGUGGGCAUGGCAACGGUUAUCAUCCCUAUGUACUCAGCUGAAAUGGCACCCAAGAACAUCCGAGGUAUGCUUGGGAGCAUGUUCCAGUUCUUCUUCACUCUUGGUGUUAUGACCUCCUACUGGAUAGACUACGCCGUCAAGAAGCAUAUCUCAGACGUGACUGCUCAGUGGCAGAUUCCUGUGGGUCUUCAAAUCGUACCUGGUUCUAUUUUGGGCAUCGGGAUGCUUCUUACUAAGGAGAGCACUCGCUGGCUGGCCCAGAAUGGCCGGCAUGAAGAGGCGUUGGCGUCCCUCUCAUGGGUUCGGGGCGGUGAAUCUGAAGAGGUGAAGAAAGAGUUUGAAGAGAUCUUAUCAGGAAUCAAAGAGGAAGAUCGAGACAAAGAAGGUGUGAAUUGGAGGGAACUAAUUCUCCCAAUCAACCGCAUGCGCGUCUUUCUCAUCGUUGCUCUCCAAAUUGGCGUUCAGUUAACGGGAAAUACAUCAAUGGCCUACUACGCCCCCCAAAUAUUCUCUCUUGUCGGAGCGGGUCAAGAUAACCUUCUCAUCACCGGGUUCUUUGGAGUCGUUAAAGUAAUUUCCUGCCUCUUUUUCCUUCUGUUCUUGAUCGAGCGGAUAGGGCGCCGCGGUUCUCUACUUGCUGGAGCUUUGCUUAUGGGAUCAUACAUGGUUAUCGUUGCUAUCCUCACCGUCAAAUUCCCCCCAGACGCAACAAAGGGCUUAACGGCUCCUUCGAUAGCCUCAUUAACGAUGAUUUAUCUUGAAGCGAUGAGCUAUAAUAUAUCUUGGGGCCCGGUGCCUUGGGCGUACAUGGGUGAAAUAUUUCCAAACAGAAUCCGAGAGGCCGGUAUUGCUAUCGGAACAUCCACGCAAUGGCUUUUCAACUGUGUCUUUUCAUUGGCAACACCUUACGCAGUGAAAAAUCUUGGCUGGAAGACAUUCCUCAUGUUUGGCAUUUUCAACUACGCGCUGGUUGUUUUCGUCUUCUUCUUCAUUAAGGAGACCAAAGGAAAGUCUCUCGAGGAAAUGGAAGCAUGUAAGUAUCUUCGUUAUGCAGUUCCAUGUGUUGACACCCCCUGA